AUGCAAACCUGAAGAUGUCAGGAUAUAAUUCGCUUAGCUGUUUUUUAGAUUCCCAAAACCUCACGCAUUUCAUUUUAAACUAAUCAAUUAUGAACCCACUAAUUAAUUAUUUUUACUAAUCCAAUCAUUAUAAUCUCACCAUUUUUUCCCUCUCAUAUAGAAUAGAACCUACCACUUUGUUCCAUCUCUGAUCAUAAUUAACCUUCAAAAACACAUUCAUAAUCAUUUUAUCCAUACACCCACAAAAAAAAGGGGAAAACACCCAAAGUAAAUGUCUUCUUAACAAGCAAAAACAAGGGGAAGAAAGAUUGAGUUGGAAAAAAUGAACAACAACAUGCAAGUUUUGAUCUUUUUAUGCUGUUGUUGUUUUGUUGUUUCUGUUGUUUUAUCAAUUUCAACAACACCUAAUGAUGAGUUGUCAACUUUGUUGUCAAUCAAAAACUCCUUCAUUGAUCCCUUAAACCAACUCAAAGAUUGGAGCAACAACACCAAAAACCCUGUUUCACAUUGUAAAUGGAAGGGUGUUUGGUGCAACUCUCAAGGUUUUGUUGAGAAACUUGAUCUUUCCAACAUGUAUUUAAGUGGGGAAAUCCCAGAUAUGAUACAAGAUUUUAGAAACUUAACCACACUUAAUCUUUGUUGCAAUGCAUUUACCUCUUCAUUGCCUAAAUCUUUCUCUAAACUUACCUCAUUAGUAAGCCUUGAUCUUAGCCAAAAUGACUUCAUUGGUAAAUUUCCUACUGGUUUAAGUGAAGCCAAAGGGCUUGUUUCCCUUAAUGCAUCUAGCAACAACUUUGUGGGUAACUUACCUGAGGAUCUCGGCUUCUGUCACGCCCUCGAAAUGCUAGAAUUUCGAGGGAACUUCUUCCAAGGAUCGAUCCCUAAGUCCUUUCAAAGCCUUCAAAAGUUGAAGUUUUUAGGCUUGGCAGGAAAUCAUCUUACAGGUGAACUUCCACCUGAACUUGGUAAUCUGUCUUCUUUAGAGACUAUGAUCCUUGGUUAUAAUGAGUUUCAUGGGUCUAUACCUUCAGAAUUUGGGAACUUGAGUAACCUUAAGUACUUAGACUUAGUUCUUGGAAGCUUAAGUGGGAAAAUUCCUGCACAACUUGGGAAGUUACAGAAACUUAAGAUAAUCUAUCUGUACAAGAAUGAUUUUGAAGGGGAAAUUCCUUGGGAAUUGGGAAAUAUUUCCUCGUUGCAGCAUUUAGAUCUUUCAGAUAAUAAAAUUUCAGGAAAAAUUCCAAAGAGUUUGGGGAAUUUGAAGAAUCUGCAGCUUCUGAAUUUGAUGUGCAAUGAUCUGAGAGGUGAAAUACCAAGUGAGAUUGGUGAGUUAACCAACUUACAAGUUCUUGCACUGUGGAAAAAUUCUCUGAAUGGAUCUUUACCUAUGAAUUUAGGUAAAAGUUCCCCAUUACAAUUUCUUGAUGUUUCAUCCAAUAGUUUAUCAGGUGAAAUUCCUGCAAGUUUAUGUGAUUCUGGGAAUCUUACCAAACUUAUACUCUUUAAUAAUUCUUUCUCUGGUCCCAUACCUUUAAGCCUCUCAAAAUGUGUUUCCUUAGUCAUAGUUAGAAUACAGAACAACCUGUUUUCUGGGAGUAUUCCUGCUGGUUUAGGUACCUUAUCUAAACUUGAGAGAUUAGAUUUGAGUAAAAAUAAUCUGACCGGAGCGAUCCCGGAUGAUCUUUCCCUCUCUUCAUCACUUUCAUUCAUCGAUGUUUCAUACAAUAAUCUUGAUUCAACACUCCCUUCUGGGAUUCAUUCCAUGCCAAACUUACAGUAUUUCAUGGCCACCUUAUCAAAACUUGACCUUUUCAACAACUCUUUAAUGGUUAAAUACCCGAAAACUUUGCAAACUCACCUGCUUUAGAAACGCUCAAUUUGUCUUACAACAAGCUUGAAGGUCCUAUGCCCAUAUAUGGCAUGUUUGCUACUAUUAACCCGAAUGAACUCACAUGAAACUCAUUAUAAUUUGGCGUUCGACUAGGAGAGGGUGGAAGGUUCCCUGGAAAAUCAGGUUACAGCAUACACAGUGGAUGAGAUUAUAUUGUGAUAGUCAAUAUGCGUUGUAUAUAGCCAAGAAUCCAGUGGUGUUAAGCAUAUUGCCACUUUGUUCGUGAUGCAGUGACUAAGGGACUUGUUACUCCUUCCUGUGUUCCUAGCAAGUUUAGGUUGGCAGUUUUUUUUUUCACUUAAGCUCUAGGAAGCACAUAAUUUGAAUUUUUCUCAAGUUGGUUGGGAGUUUACGCUCCAACUUGAGGAGGGUGUUAGGACUCCUAUUAUGAUAUUGAUCAUAAUAUUAUUUUCCUAGAUGGAUUCAUAUUAGGACUUUGUCCUUGGUUGUAUAUAUUUAUUUUGGAAUGAAUAAAAGCACAAGAUUCACAAUACUUU